UCAGGAUUUAAGGUUUCUCUGUCGGGCUGCUCCAUCUAUUGGUGGGGAGCCGCACUACACAAUUAGUCAAGAGAGUACGAGAUCCGAUGUCUCUCCUCUUGCGUGCACUCGCUGAAGUCAGGCCUUCGGCUUCGCCCACUUUGUGUCCAGAGGUUGCCUGGAAGUCCAUGGGGGUACCACUGGUCUCACUUGAUCCCAGUGAAACCCCACCAUUGAUUGAUUUGCUCUCGAGGAGGGGUGGCACGGGGCAACUGGGGUCGCCGUGCCUCAUCAAGGUCCAUGUCUUCCCGCAGGUGAAGAUCUAUGGUGCGAUCAGACUAAGUAGUGGUGAGCGCGAAGCAUUGAUCAAACAACAUAGGGCACAGGCACGUAAGCAGCGAAUUUUGCAGGAAACUAGCCUGGUGCAGGCACAGCAGGAGGUCUCGAGAUUAGAGGCCAGAUGCGAAGAAGCCCUCAUCAGAUUGGGGGAAAGCCACCAUGCCGCUGAGCUUGCGAAUGAGGCUAAGCUGAAGCUUAAGGCCGAAGAAGCGCAAACGGAGAACUUGAAACGAAUGCAAGAGCAAGCUAGAUUUGAACUUGCUCUGAAACAGGACGUCACAGAAGAGUGUGAGCAGUCGGAAUAUGGCUGCCAGAAUGCAGCAGAAGAGGUGAAGGUGAAGAAGGCAAUGGAGAGGAAGGCAAUUGAAGGGAUGGAAAAUGAGAGAAGGCAGAAAGCCAAGGCAAGAGCCAAUGCUGCUGCACUGAAACUUCGACGUGAGAAGGAACAGAAACAUCUUAAUGAAGAGCUGGAGAAGAUACUCAAGUUAGAACGAGAGCAGAGGGUGAGGGAGCUGUACGCGUGUGGUGAUGUAUGCACAUCCGGGCAGGGUGAAGAAGAAAAUCCCACUGCCACAAGGAGUGCGCAUUGGCAGGAAGAAAGGGCGUGCGCUGCGCCACCUCUUGCAGGUGGACAAACACAACAUGAGCAUCAUCGGCGGGCAUUCAACGGUGCCGUUGUUUCCCAAACGGUGCAUGAAAGCCUCCGGGGCGAUGGAAUAGCCGUUCACCGAUGCUUGACCAGUGGUGCUGCGGUAUCUUCCUCUAUGCCGACUUAUGGGCACUCUACAGCAUGGGAGAGGGAAGGUGGUGGAGGCGGAGGAGGUAGGUGGGAGGUGGAAGAAGAGGAUUGUCUACAGUGCGUUCGCGCAUUCGAUGCUUCCUGCGAUGAUUGCAUCAGGGAAGGUAAUCUGCACGCGAGAGAACUGCCAUCUGACGAAGCGAAUGGCAGGGCUACGGAGAAUUCCCCCUCUGAGCAAGCGAGGGAAUGGGCUGCGUAUGAGACGCUCUAUGCUCACAGGGCCUCUCAUGAUGACGGUUCAGGAAUGCUAGAUGAACAUACCCACGAUUUCUGGCUUCAUGCAGGCAGCACAGAGUCUCAGGGGGGAACAGAAGGAUGUACAAUUCCUUCAUGGAGCAGGGCGGGGCCCGCGCAGCAGGAUCAGAUGCGGUACGAGUACCGGUGGGGGACCGAGAUGGGCCCAGGACUUGUCGAUGGUAAUCGAGGGGUACAGGGGGGGGUGCGAAAAAGGCAGGCGGAAGGGUCGGGACUAGACGGGAGAGAGGGGGGAGCUAAGAAGGAGGAGAAGGAUAAGGUGGUUGAUGUUGUCGUUGUGGGUAAGAACGAGUUGAAGAGACGGAGAAGCCAUGGAAGGAAAGUGGGCCGGACGCCAGAGAGUAGUUUGGGUCAGGUUGCAAGUUCAAGUCCCGUUGGCCCAACAAGCUUGGCCGAUGAGAAUGAUGACCCAAAGAUCCAGGAGUCCAGAAGCAGCUGCGAAAUGCACAGAGGACUCAGAGCCGUGAGUUAUCACCCUGCAUGUGCAGUGUGCGGUUGGGGAGAGCGAGAUGAUACUGAAGAGUACAGCAGUAUGGAUUUGGUGGGAUCUGAGCAGCAGCAGCAGGUCUUAGAUUCGGAGGUUGAGAUGCAAAAAAAUGUCGGCGGUGGAAAUCAGACAAGGACAAGAUGGUCUGCCAAGGGAUAUGCCGGCGUGGUGGACUGCCACGAGAAAGACGGACCUGAGUCUUUCUCCGUCGAGAAUGGUUUAGCGUUUUCUGAAAUCAGCUCUAGCGAACAGGGAUCCGAAAUGCGACUUGCAGACGGCCACGAUGAUAUUCUCCGUCCGUCCUUGGUAGCAGAAGCUCCUCCGUGUUUUGUUCCUUUUUCCACGGAAGAAGAUGCGCAAACGACAGAUGAAGCGGGAGUUCAGGCAUGGCAGCAAAUAGAUCGCCAAGGCGCCGGCAGAACUGGCGUUCCGUUUGUCCCUUCUGGAGCACGUAAUCGUUCUCUCGAAAACGGACUUGCUGUUUUAGGUACUCAGCUGCAAAAAACUGAUCACAUGCUCUUCUGGGUGGGUGGCAGGGGAAGAGCCACCACUGCCCGGACACCGGAAGAAGAGUCAAAGCGAGGAAAUAAAGAAGCGCUGCACAAGGCACAAACACGACUAGAGGACGAGGAAACAUGUCUAUGUGCAGCGGAUGCAAGGAGCUGGAUGGAUGUUAGAGACAGCACUUGCAGAACCAUCGGUCAUCUUUGUAAGACGUCCGAGGGUGAUGCUGCAGGCCAGGGAAGUGGAAGAGGAGUGGACAGUGUUUUGGGCAGUGAAGGUGAUACCUCGGGAGGUAAAGGAGGGCACAUCUUCCCGCAAUCUGAGCAAAGCAGCCUUGCUGCCACCCAUGGAAGUACCUCUCAUCCUGUUAGCAUUGGCGGUCUGAAAGAGGACACGGAUGUUAGCAUUCUCGCAAGUCCUCUUCGGGAAGAAAUAGUUGCUUUACAGUCCGAGCUAUACAGUUCCGCAGAGGGAGAAGGUGGUGGUAGCCGCAGCGAAGAGGCGAGCAAAAUCUGGCGGCCGAAUGGUCCAAGAGAAAAACAUGGCAAUGUUUCUAGCGAACCGUUUUCCAUGACCCGAGGGAGCAGUGUCAGCGGCCUCUGUUCUUCAGCUGGGAAUGCUUCUCCGAAGGGGGGGGGCAGUGUUAGGACGGAAGAAGGCAUCGUGAGCGAAGAAGCAUGGGCUUGUCCUCGAAAAGAAGCAGAAGAGCCAAGGAAUGGACAGUGGGUUGAUGAUGAAGCUGCGAUGCCGCAAGAGAGGCAUGAAAACUGGGCGGAAGAAGAACAAAGGGAGACACGGGUUAAGAAGAAUCCUUUGUUGGAAUCUCCUCCAUCCGAUAAUGGGCAUCGUGAGGGGGUGUCAUCACAGAGAUCCCGUGCGCGACGGUUUAGUAGUUCAGGAGCGCGCCGGCAGUCUAGAAGGUUCGGUCGAGAGGGUUUUGGUGAAAUUGGGGGGCCUGAUUUGCUUGGAAAUGGGGUGGACCCGCAUAAAAGACAGGAGGGGCUUGACAAGGGUACUGAAUUUCAAGUGGCAGCAGAUGCCCUUGAGAGAUUGACAAUGCCGCGGGGGCAACUUAGGCGGCCUUUGGGGCGAAGACUGAGCUCGGAAUUGCGUCGGAGGAUGAAUGGCCAAACUAGAAGGGUGUGCUGGGAAGGGGGGGAAGAGGAAGCGAGUGGGCAAAUGAGCAAGGUGGUGGAAGAAUCGCACAUGGGUACGAUGGACCCGAUUGAGAAGGGGGUAGAAAUUCCAAUUUCAGUAUCUCCAGAAAAGGGCCGGCAAUUGCAAAGGACUGUGUCUCGAAGACUAAGCUCAGAAAGGCGUCGGCGCUCAAGUUUCCUGUCGAGAAGGGUGAGCUUGGACAGAGGAGGAGCUCCAGCAGGCAAGGCAGAAGAUGCACGGACGGGAUCGACCGCGGCAAGCGGGAGGGAAAGAGGCGUGGUGAAGGGCAUCAUACAACGUUUCGAGAGAGAGUUGAUGACGGUGAGCCGGUCUGUGGACUGGAAGCGGGCCUCCGUUCGGGGAUCGGUUGAUGGAGGCAGGCUCAAAUUGCACGUACGAAGGCAGGAGCCAUGUCAGGACUCGUCGAGAAGUCGGCAAUGUGAAAUGUGCGAGGAUGAAGUAAGUUUUUUAGCAGAUAGUAAUACCAUGCCUUCCGCAAAGCAUGCCAUCGAACAGCGAGGUGUGGCUCCUCUCUCUGCAGCACAGGAGGCCCGGACAGCCAAUGAGGAGACUGCAAUAGAGCCAGAGCCUGAAGUCGAUGGGAGAAGCCAGAGGCUGAAGUCAGCGGAUGGUCAUAACCUUGAGCAUGAGCGUGCGCAUGAGCUCGUUGGCAAUGAUGGAAGAGUGGCACAAGGCGGUCUCGAGCAUUGUGAGGUAAGACCAUCUUGUGCAGGGGGGGGUGGAAUUGUGAACACAAGGGGUCUGAUAGAUGAAAAUGGAGGAGGAGCUGAUGGGCCAACUACCUCAAAACCACACAGCUCGAUGCGAUUUUUGGAAGAGAAGGAUCAUCCCAUAGGAGGAGGAGGGUGUGGUAAUGAUGAAACAGGUUCGGUGCAAAGCUUUGCAACUCAGGAAGCCCUCCUGGACGAGGAGAGGGUGAAGAAAGGUACUGAGGCAGACACGACUUGGUUGGUUGGGGCGGCGACAGAUGAUGAGGGUCCGGGGGUCUCUUGUUCUCCAGAAAGCAUUAGAGGGGUGCAUAGGGCGAUGCGAGGAAAGAAGGAACGAGCAGCCACAGCGGUGACCGGUCGUAGCCAGCAGGUAUUCGAUUGUGCGACUGAUCCGAUGAUGCUCCGGGACAAGUUGUUGUUGUUGGAACGCAACGAGAAGGGAACGGCAGAAGAGUUCCCAGGGAAGAGUGUAGAGGAAACUCUGAAGUCCAUUUCAACGAAAAUGCGGGAGUUGGAUGCAAGGCUUCAAAGAAUCUCAGGAUGCAAUGUAUACUACGAUGAAGAGUUCAAGAGCACUGCAUCGCAAUCCUCUUCGGCUGACAACGAGGGACGACGAGAUGAACACCAAAAAGAGGACCCCCCGCAUCGACUCCAGAUGAACUCCAGCGAGUUGGGCUCGUCAGAAUUCCGUGGAAGCAGCGAUGUUGGUGCCGGUGAAUGUGAAUUAUGUAAGCGUGCAUCGGUCGAGAGCAUCAAGGAGAGCAUCAGUGGUGGAGUACCAGACGAGGCGGCCAUUGAAGGCAGCUUGGCGCUUGGACUCGGUGGGGGCAAUACCGGCGAGAGGGAUGGGCAUCCAGUUGUGGAGGUCUGCCUUGGAACAGCAACGGCUUACGAUGUGAAUGGCAGUCGGGAGAGCAAUAUGCGAGACCUCAAUUCAGGUCUCAGCAGGCAAGCGAUCCCAGCAAGUCUGGAGGUCUCACUGUGCCAGUCGGCGGCAUUGAAGGGUAACUGUGAGAGCAACGUAGGGGCCUUCUUCCUCCCAACUCGCAACCGAGAAACUCGGGACGCUCUGGACGAUGCACUUUGCCAGUUGAAGUCGAAUUGCCGUAGCGAUGUCUCGGACGGCAAACAACGUACUAGACACAAAUUAGGCCUUUGCAGCAAAGUUGAGGACUCAAAAGAAAUGCAUGCAAGCAGCAAAGAAAUGCAUGCAAGCAGCAAAGAAACGCACGCGAGUCGCACAGAAAAACAUGAGAGUCCCAGUCAAAGACUGAAAAGCAUGGUCAAAACGUUGAUCAUUGGGUUUGAAAGAGGGGGUAUUUCUCAAAGCGCUCCCGGUGCUAGUAGUGCUAGGCUUGCCUCGGUCGAUAACUCAAGGCAGGGCAGUGUCCCUGGACGGAAGCAGCGAGGAGGAAUCUGUGGGAUGGAUAAGGCUACGACUAGUACUAGUCAGGUAGACGUGAAGCAUCAGGGUGCGAACUCAUCACAGCACAGCUCUAUUGCAGAGGGGGUGGAAAUGAGGGUCAGCAAAUCUGGGUUGAGGUUUCAAGAGAAGCAAGGAAACCUGGGAAGUAGUUCCCAGAUAGAGGCCGCUGAGGCUAGGGCAGUGGAGAUGCCUGCCCGGUCGACUGACAGAGCUUGUGUCAGAAAUGACGAUGCACAUCUGAACGACAUUGCGGCCUCUCGAGCGCCUGCUAGUCUACCAGUCCCGACUUUAGUGGAUGGUAAUCCUUCAAGGAGGGUGCUUGCGGUGAAAGAUACAUCAUCAUCUGCUGCUGCACAGGGAUCGCUGCAUCGCAAAGGAGAAGAGCAAGCCUUGGCCACGGAGGCCGGGAAAGUUGGUGGACCUGUUGCGGAGGGAUCGGUGUCGCGUGGGGAAGCUGAUCGCACGGGUGCAGCGAUCUACGCAAGAGUCGCAGAUGAUGAAAUGAUGUCCAUGAAGUCCCUGGGUAGCUCUCGCUCAGACCAUGAUGCCGUGGUUUCGCUUUGUCAGGAUGACACAUUACAGAGCAGCGCGGACAACUCGCUUUCGGUCACCGCCACUUCGGAUACACUGUUGGCUACGCAGUCUGACGGAGAACAGGAGCAAGCUGCUGUUCUUACGCUCUCACACUCGUCUCUUUUGGCUGUUGGCUGGAAAGACACCGGGGCUCGUGAGAAGGCCGAAGUUCGAAGCCUGGAAACACUCGAUGAGUCGACGCUCCUCACCGGUUCCGUCGACUUCUCGUCGUGGAAUGGCGAAGACAUAGGAGAUCCAGAGAUAAAGACGAGCAGAUCCGAAGCAUCGACGAUGGGACAUGCUUCGAGUGUCAUUCAGGAGAGGGGUUGCCACGGCGUGGUCAAGAGCAAAGCAAAAUGUGAUGAUGCUUUGGAGACGUCUGUGCCGGGCAAGGGCAAAGCAAAAUAUGAUGCUGCUUUGGAGUCGUCUGUGCCUUGCGAAACACAUGCACAGACUUCCGGGGGAAUGGGGCUGGGGCAGGGGCGAGUUGAUGAAGGUUUGAUCAAAGGGAGCAUUUGCACAGGAGCCACAGGAAGAGGGGGUGGUAGUAAGAAGCAGCAGAUUAGACGGCGCAGGAGCUCCGGAGGAGGGACAAAGAGGGAGGUGCGAGAUUGGGCCAGUAUCCCCAAAAAUUUAGUGAAGGCAAAGGUGGCAGCUUUUCAGAUGGCAGAAUCCUCAAAAGAAGCUCAAAAAAAGUCUGCGUCCCCCGUCAGCCGAUUGCCGAAGAACUUCUUGAGAGAAUUCUGUACUCAAGGAUCGUCGUUGUCGGCGGCGGCGGCGGCUCGUGAAGGGGGGGCAUAUUUGACGGGCGGUUCAGAUGAAGAGACAACGAAGCCAGUUAAGAGAUCCCCGAAAUCUUUCCUUCCAAAAAAACCUGUGAAUCCUCGACUGGCUUUGAGAAGGGAGAUGUCCCUUUCGUCCUCCUACGCCGCCGAUAGAUCGCAACUCUUGUCUCGAUCGGUAUCCCAUCUUCCCUUAUUCUCAAGCUCCUCGGAUGCGCCUUUCUAUCCUGCGGCAGCAUGGGACCUGAGCAAGCAUUCACCGAGCACCGAUUGGCUACUUUCGAGGUCGAUAUCUGACAAUGGAAAUUCUCAGUCCAAUUUGUUCUCUUCCAACUCUCUCUCGUCUCUCCUUUCUCUAUCCCAUUCGAGGAGCAUUCCGAGUCAAGAAGAAGCCAUGGGUUCAGGAACCAGCAGUGGACGACGCUGUGAUGCAAGCGUCUCUCUCUCCUUGCAACCGAAUGCCAAUUCAUCGCAUGGCACGAGUUUCGAUGGUCUGACGGGGACGAUCUCGUCCGUAUACGACACGGGGACGAUCUCGUCCGCACACGACACGUCAUCCUUCUCUCUGCCGUCCUUCGUGAGCUUGCCACCUUCCGGCAUCGAGUGGAGGUCUGGCAGGCUCAUGCAGUCGACAUGGCUAGCGGCCUCUUCGGACGACCAAACCAGUGGAAUGCCAGGCAGCAGUGAACACCCGCACCAGGGCAGCACUUCUCCAGACGACCGAACCAACAACCAGGGCUCGAAGCUCUUUCAGAUGGUCGUUCCUGCAUCAGCGCAAUCUCCAGCUCAGAGGGUCGGAUACGAGUUGGCAGCAGAGUCGUCGGCAAACACACUGGGCGUUUCACCGUCCCCAUCUCAAGUCCCACCGCCCUCAUCGAAGGUCUUGCUAGCAGCUUCCUCCAAAAUCCCAUCCGUUCCCUCCUCCAAGAUACCGUCGGUGUCCUCCAAAGACCGAUCGACUUCCUCCAAGGUCCCACCUUUGGCUUCAUCCGCCGCUUGCCCGACUGCAUCCAGAGUUCAGCAAGCAUCGUCCAAACCGUUGCCAGCUUGUGCGUCUAAGAUUUCGCCAUCUUUGUUGAAAGCUCCUGCUCUUGUCUCCUCUAAGGUUCCAGCACUCUCAUCGGAAGAUCCUAUGCGUGGCUCGAUAGGGGCGGGACCCCCAGCAAUCCAGCGCCUCGUCAGCACGCAGGGGUCGACCGCCGUCCUGAGUAAGCAUCACUCUGUUCCGAGUACAGCGACCACGGGAGCGACAGCGGAGCGUGGAAUUCUCAAGGAGACAAAGGAUCUGAACGGACAAAACGAGAAGGUAAGGAUGACGACGAGUGGUCGGCAGAGUGCUGCCUCGUCAGCGAAGCCCGGCACAUCUGUGACAGGAAUGAAUUCACUAAGGAGAUCUGUGAUAGGGAUGGAAGGAUUGAGGAGAUCUGUGACGGGAGUUGAAGCAUUGAGGAGAUCUGUGACGGGAGUUGAAGCACCAAGGACAGGCGUGGAAACAUCAAGGAGGUCUGCGGGGACAGGCGUGGAAGCAUUAACGAGGUCUGUGACAGGAGUUGAAGCAUUAAGGAGGUUGGGGACAACAGGGGUGGAAACAUUAAGGAGGUCGGGGACGACAGGGGUGGAAGCAUCAAGGAGGUGUGGGACAGGAGCAGACGUACUGAGGAGGUCUGUGACAGGAGGAUUUGAAGCAUCAAGGAGAUCUGUGACAGGAGUUGAGUCAUUGAGGAGAUCUGUGACAGGAGUUGAGUCAUUGAGGAGAUCUGUGACUGGAGUCGAGUCGCUAAGGAGAUCUGUGACAGGAGCGGAAAUGAUAAGGGAAUCGCCGCCAUCAGAAUCGAACCUGCGGACAAGCCCCAGGCAAAGCAGUGGCCUUCCGCCGGCUACCCAGACUUCCGUCAAACUGAAGGUUUCGCCGUCGAGCCAACCUCGCUGGUCAUAUGCGUCAAAUGAGAACAGUCGAUGUGUGAAAAACAACACUGCAAGGGGGAGCGCGAUGAUGACGGCAGCGGCUCAGUCUCUUCUGGCCAGAAGUGCAAAGGAAAGGGUUCCAGGACGAGCUGCCGCUGCGUCGCUGGAUGGAUUUCCGACGUCUCCCAAGCCUCUUCUCUCUGACAAGCAGAAGCCAGCUUUACCACCUACGUCAAAACCCAAAUUACCUCUCCAGAGACAGUCACUGCUGGGUGGGAAAAGGUGAGACCUGCAAAAUUCCCUCAAAAUUCCGCCCCAGUAGGGGGGGAUUUUUUCAAUAAAGGCACAGAGAGGGGCUCGCUCCACUCAACAACCUUCCCAAUGAAUCUGCAGAAGAGUC